AUGGAUUAUGUCAGCCAUUCAAACCCCCACGUCAGUCCCAUUUGUCUGGUUCAGGUCUUCAGUCUUCCCGUCUCCCGUCGCGACGUGCAUACCCCCGGUUUGCCGGCUUCCAUUCCCUGCCAUCCACACCCGGCGUGGCGAAGGUCUGGACUUUACUACUCGAUUCCGACCUCAAAAUCCAUGUCUAUCAACUUGGAGCUUGUGGCUCAAAUGUCAACAUUAGAAGCAUCGUACAAACUGGCGCUACCGCAUCUGUUGUGUAUGGAUCCGGCACAGCGGCCGUGGGUUGCGGGCGUUUUGAACGGCUCUUUCAGCCUCCACUCAACGCGGCAAUGCGGACCCCCUUUGCCAUUUCCACACGUUCGCCAGCCCUCAGUGCAUUCAGAGACCCAUGCGCUUAAGCUGCGGCUGCAUGGACAUAUCCAGCGUUUGCUUGUACUCGACUGCAUCACAGGUACAACCUGGGAGCAGGCGCUCAGCAUACGUAGCACAUUCAGGGCGCAGGAAACGGACCUGUAUCUGAGUGUUUUCGCCUUUCGCCUAAACCCUGCUUCAAGCUGGCCUCCUUUGGAUCCCCGGCCUGUUGAGGACACCCUUCCCUUCAGCCAAGCACGACAAGUUCCGAUCACAGCAUUGAGAGCGAGUAAUUCCACUGGCAUUCGUGAACUUAGCCGGGUCCAGAACUCCCUAUCUGGCGCCAUCGUGACGACGCUGUUGAAGUUUCCGACUUGUCAUGCUCAAGAGCAUAACGCCAGAGGACCAAGUGGAUCGAAAUUUGUAUCUCCGGCUAACGUCCACACCCAUAUCUUUACUCAUGGAGACACCAUUGCGUCCAAUAUUGAUUUGAAAACCCGAUUAGCCUACUUAUGUAUGGCCUUACGUAUCAUCUGGGCGAGGACAGGCUCUGAAAUCAGAUUGCUAUCACAUCUAAGCCUUCAGUCGGGGCACAAAGUAAAUGGCACCUUAGCGAACGAUUUGUGUCCAGCCGAGCGUUUCGAGCCCAAUCAUGUAUUCGCCACGGUCAUGAUGUAUUUGCAAUUUCGGGCAUUUAAAUCAUGGGAAAGAUGCCUCGUAGCAAAGCGACCACUCACAGGACUCACAGUUCGACGAGAACAGCUUUCAUCCGAUGUCCCCCCCAAAUCUUGGCCAGAGGUUGCCAUCAGCGAACAAAACGUACGAUGCGAUCUAUUCAGUGUUUCUGAUGCUCCUGCGCGAGGCUUUUGUCUCGGCGUUCGCGCGGUGAAUCACCAUCCGAUACUCGUUGUUGUUCUACAGAUGAACGCUCCAGCAACACGUAAUGGUCACCCUUCAACGUCAUCUCUGAGAUCGCCAGGCCAUCAGACACGAGACCACACCCUUCGCCCAGUAGCACUACCAAUGCCGAGUUCAACUGGUGCGUCUAGAUCUGCAGGAAGUUUUUCCAGUUUCUCGAUUUCGAACCUGCUUUACAGAAUAGGUCUCUUCCAUUUACACCACUUUGGCAAGCCUACGCUAAUUGAGAAUCUCAACCUUUGCAGAGGCUGA